AGGGGCUGUCAGUGUCAGGCAUGACCGGAAGUGUGUAACUUUAGUAACUUGUGGAUCAGCGCUGACUCAAGACGCGAACCGUUUAGAACGAAUCUGUCCGAUUUGGUGAACCGGUUCAUCCAGUUCACUAAAAAGAACCGGUUCAAAAGAACGAUUCGGUCACGAACCGGCCAUCACUAGACCGGAACGAGUUGGUUGAUUCGGGUGAACAGCGCGCUUUACAACGUGGUCUAACUGGUGCACGUGCAGUGGAGAAUUUAGCCAUAUAGCACAAGGUGUCUUUCUGCGUCAAAAUUGUUCUUCUCUGUCUCAGGGUCGUGACCGUUUGUGUAUCGUCCAAACCGCUCCACGGAUGAUGCCGUUGCCACUGCCCUUCAUUUUGCCCUCACCCACCUGGACAAUAAACUCGCGUACAAAUGCUGCUCAUAGACUUUACUUCAGCAUUCAACACAAUCAUCCCUCAGCACCUUAUUGGGAAGUUGAGCCUGCUGGGACUAAACACCUCCCUCUGCAACUGGAUCCUGGACUUCCUGACUGGGAGACCUCGGUCAGUCUGGAUCGGGAACAUCAUCUCCAGCACCACCACACUGAACACUGGAGCCCCUCAGGGCUGCGUACUCAGUCCACUGCUGUUCACCUUGCUGACUCACGACUGUGUAGCCAUGCAUAGAUCGAACCAUAUUAUCAAGUUUGCCGAUGACACGACCGUGGUGGCUCUCAUCAGCAAGAACGACGAGUCAGCAUACAGAGAGGAGGUGCAACGGCUAACUGUCUGGUGUAGAGCCAACAACCUUUCUCUGAAUGUUGAUAAAACUAAAGAGAUGGUUGUUGAUUUCAGGAGAGCACAGAGCGACCACUCUCUGCUGAACAUUGACAAAUAACCUGUACAGAUCAUCAAGAGCAGCAAAUUUAUUGGUGUUCAUCUGUAGAGAACUUCACCUGGUCACUCAACACCAGCUCCUUUUUUUUGUUUGCACUGUCUUUUGUCCUGCACUGUCUUUUGUCUUUUGCCUUGCGUUGUUUGUACCAGUUUGCACAGAUACACUUUAUGUGACUGAGACUGCUUACUAAGCCCUUAGUUCUGUCUUUGUUUAAUGUAGCACCCUGGUCCUGGAGAAACAUUGUCUCAUUUCAGUGUACUGCAAGUUAUAUAUGGUUUAAAUGACAAUAAAAGCUUUUUGACUUGGCUUGAAUUGACUAAUAACAGUGGUGACUUACUGUAAAUCUUCUGCAGAACCUAAUCAUGUUCUCCACUCCUCCUCUCUGCAGAACACUGGGCCGAGUGCUAAAGACGACACGUAUGCAGCUCUAGACUCCACAGGCCGGGCAGCUGAUGAUGUGUAUCACACACUUGCAAUUUCUCAUCCCAGUCCUCCUGCUGACGCAUCCACAUCCUCUGAUUAUUAGAAUAUUGCAAUCUUGAUCUUCAGAUCGCUCCUGCAGAAGUGACAGAAGGACAAUCAGUCGUUCUGACCUGUAAAACCACCUGCAGUCUGACUGAUCCAACAUUCAUCUGGUACAAAAACAGCAGAGAUUUAACCACAAACACCAACAAGAACAAUGAAGUCCGUCUGCAGUCGGUCAGCAGUGAGGAUGCAGGCAGUUAUAGCUGUGCUGUAAGAGGAUAUGAACAUCUCCACUCUCCUGUUCAAACCCUCAGAGUCAGAUAUCGUCCAAAGAACGUCUCAAUGUCCAUUAGUCCCUCUGGUGAGAUAGUGGAGGACAGUUCAGUGACUCUGACCUGCAGCAGUGAUGCUAACCCACCUGUACAGAGCUACACCUGGAUUAAGGGGAAGACAUCAGUAGGACAUGAAAAGACCUACAACAUCUCCAAGAUCAGCUCUGAGGACAGUGGAGAGUACAAGUGCAAGAGCAGUAAUGAAGUCGGACAUCAGGACUCCAACAGUGUGACUCUGAAUGUUCUGUAUCCUCCAAAGAACGUCUCAGUGUCCAUCAGUCCCUCUGGUGAGAUAAUGGAGGACAGUUCAGUGACUCUGACCUGUAGCAGUGAUGCUAACCCACCUGUACAGAACUACACAUGCUUUAAGGUGAAAGAAUCAUCACCUGUAGGAUCUGGACAGAGUUACAGAGCUGUACAGAGUGGACAGUAUUACUGUGAGGCUCAGAAUAAACACGGCUCUGAGAGAUCAGCUGCAGUGUCUGUCACUAUUAAUGCAGGUACUGUGAUUGUGUAUGUGGCUGUUGGACUGGGACUUUUUGGGCUCGCAGCUCUUCUCUCUGCACUCUUCUGGCUGAGAAGCAAGAGACAGAAGAAGAAGGUAGAUGAAGGUGACAAUCAGGUGAGUUAUUACAGAAAUGUCUGUCAGGUGCUUUGUUCAUAACAUUACACACCAACA